GCUACCGCUGAGCUACCGUUCCCACCAACGGCACGACGCAUGCGUAUGGGCUGUCGCAGGGGUCCGUCUUCGCACUAUAGACGAUCUUCGGUGGGAAGACAUGGCGUCGGACGAUGGACUGGCCGCUCUGGGCGCAGAGGGAGCCGCAGCAGCUGCACAUGCUCUGUCUUUGCCUGCAGAGGCUUAUGGGAAUGAUCCGCGGCUGGAGGUCAUGUGGGCGAUGAAGGCCUACAACCACGCAGAGGUUUACUUCAACCUCAUUUCAUCCGUGGAUCCAAAGUUCCUGAAGCUGACGAAGCUGGAUGACAGAAUCUACUCGAGCUUCAGGGAAACCUUCAAAGAUCUCGACGUGAAGCUGCUCCAAGCCGACGACCUCAAGUCUGAAGAGUCCAAAGAGAGGUGGCGGCCGUUCUGUAACCAGUUCGAAGGACUCGUCGAAGACUUCAACUACGGCACGCUGCUGCGUCUGGACUGCGAGAAGGACUACACAGAGGAAAACACCAUAUUUGCCACCAGGGUUCAGUUCUUUGCCAUCGAGAUUGCCAGGAACAGAGAGGGUUACAACGAUGCUGUGUUCAGGUCCAAAAGUUCAAAGAGCUAAUCUCCAGUAAGGAACCCGGUCCAGCCCGCAGACCUUCACCCGAGUGAAGCCAAGGGCCUCCGAGGCUUCGCCCAUUAUUCUGGAAAAGUCAAAGUUUCCAUCCGUGCUUGUUUUAGUGUCUGACGUUAAAACGUCGGAAUGGGAUCAGAACCGUCUCUACAAACCAGAGCUGCACCGAGACCUUCGUCGCUGACUGACCUGUCUGAAGGUCCUCUUCAGUUCCUGAACAUUUGAAAUCGAUGUCACGUUUACAUAAAUCUGGAUGCAUUUCAGCUGCAAACCCGCCUGAUUUUGUAUUUACUGUAAAGUUUUCUGUGCCAGUCAUAAGUGGUUACUUUAUUUUGUAAUAACAGAAAAGAGAAACGUUUCUGCCUGAACAAAUAAAACCUGAGCUGCAUCUCACCUGCAA